AUGGGGGCCGGGGCCAGCGCUGAGGAGAAGCAUUCCAGAGAGCUAGAAAAGAAGCUGAAAGAGGAUGCUGAGAAGGAUGCUCGCACCGUGAAGCUGCUGCUGCUGGGUGCUGGUGAAUCCGGGAAGAGCACCAUUGUCAAGCAGAUGAAGAUUAUCCACCAGGAUGGUUAUUCGCUGGAAGAAUGCCUCGAGUUCAUUGCCAUCAUUUAUGGCAACACUCUGCAGUCCAUCCUGGCCAUUGUUCGGGCUAUGACUACGCUCAACAUUCAGUAUGGAGACUCCGCACGACAGGAUGAUGCCCGGAAGUUGAUGCACAUGGCGGAUACUAUUGAAGAAGGCACGAUGCCCAAGGAGAUGUCCGACAUCAUUCAGCGUUUGUGGAAAGACUCGGGUAUCCAAGCCUGCUUUGAACGUGCCUCAGAGUACCAGCUCAAUGACUCUGCUGGCUACUACCUUUCAGACCUAGAGCGUCUGGUGGCUCCAGGGUAUGUGCCCACUGAGCAGGACGUGUUGCGUUCUCGUGUCAAAACUACUGGCAUCAUCGAGACACAGUUCUCCUUCAAGGACCUCAACUUCAGAAUGUUCGAUGUGGGUGGGCAGAGGUCCGAGCGCAAAAAGUGGAUCCACUGCUUUGAGGGUGUGACCUGCAUCAUUUUCAUCGCGGCACUGAGCGCUUACGACAUGGUGCUGGUGGAGGACGACGAAGUGAACCGAAUGCACGAGAGCCUGCACCUGUUCAACAGCAUCUGCAAUCAUCGCUACUUCGCCACGACAUCCAUCGUGCUCUUCCUCAACAAGAAGGACGUUUUCUCUGAGAAGAUAAAAAAGGCACACCUCAGCAUCUGCUUUCCCGAUUACGAUGGACCUAACACUUACGAGGAUGCCGGCAACUACAUCAAAGUGCAGUUCCUCGAGCUUAACAUGCGACGUGACGUGAAGGAGAUCUACUCUCACAUGACGUGCGCCACCGACACACAGAACGUCAAGUUCGUCUUUGACGCUGUCACCGACAUUAUCAUCAAAGAGAACCUCAAAGACUGCGGGCUCUUUUGAGGUGGGAUCCUAGCUAGCCAGACCUUCCACCGUCUUUCUCGAUGCCAGAAUUCAUGUGUGUCCCUUGCUCUGAGACUCUGUAGCCCAGCUGCCCUGUAGUCCCCUCUAAUAACUCCUGUGCCUCAACCUGCUGCCAGACAUCCAAGGCCCUGAGGCUUGAAGUGCGGACCCUCCCUUAGGUCCCCAACCCCGCCCUUCACCGCCUGGCUGCACUGGCCUCUUGGACCCACAGCAGCUAGCCUCAGC